CACAGCCACCUAUAUAAACAGGACGGGGCCCUGGCUCCGCAGACACUGCACCCGGCUGAUCCCAGUAUGGCUACCAAAGUGGAGAUGAGGGUGAACGCACACCACGGUGACAUGGCGGGGGCCAGGGAGCACGCCUUGGCCGUCACCAGGAAUUACAUAUCCAACCCCAGGCUGUGUUAUCGGACAGUGUGUGGCGUGAACGGACCUCUGGUGGUGCUGGACAAUGUAAAGUAUGCUCAGUAUGCUGAGAUUGUGAACUUCACUCUACCAGAUGGCACAGUCCGAAGCGGACAAGUUCUGGAGGUCUCUGGUACCAAGGCCAUAGUCCAGGUGUUUGAAGGGACAUCUGGGAUUGAUGCCAAGAAAACAACUUGUGAAUUCACGGGGGACAUCCUGAGGACACCUGUUUCAGAGGACAUGCUGGGCCGCGUGUUUAAUGGUUCCGGAAAACCCAUCGAUAAGGGUCCAACUGUGAUGGCUGAGGACUUCUUAGAUAUCAACGGACAACCAAUUAACCCGUUUGGACGGACCUACCCCGAGGAAAUGAUCCAGACUGGAAUCUCGCCCAUAGAUGUCAUGAACAGCAUUGCCCGAGGGCAAAAAAUUCCAAUCUUCUCUGCAGCGGGUCUCCCCCACAAUGAGAUAGCUGCCCAGAUCUGCAGACAGGCCGGACUGGUGAAGAAGUCUAAGGAUGUGAUGGACUAUCAUGAUGAUAACUUUGCCAUUGUCUUUGCUGCGAUGGGUGUCAAUAUGGAGACUGCCAGGUUCUUUAAAUCAGACUUUGAGGAGAACGGCUCUAUGGACAAUGUGUGCCUCUUUCUGAAUCUGGCCAACGACCCAACAAUCGAGAGGAUUAUCACCCCGCGUCUGGCACUCACGGAAGCCGAGUACCUGGCCUAUCAGUGUGAGAAACACGUCUUGGUGAUUCUGACAGACAUGAGCUCCUAUGCUGAAGCCCUGCGAGAGGUAUCAGCAGCCCGAGAAGAGGUGCCUGGCAGAAGAGGGUUCCCCGGGUACAUGUACACAGAUUUGGCCACCAUCUAUGAGAGAGCCGGCAGAGUGGAGGGCAGGAACGGCUCCAUCACACAAAUCCCCAUCCUGACUAUGCCCAAUGAUGAUAUCACUCACCCCAUUCCUGACUUAACUGGGUUCAUUACUGAAGGGCAGAUCUACGUUGACAGACAGCUUCAUAACAGACAGAUCUACCCACCAAUCAAUGUGCUCCCAUCACUAUCCCGUCUUAUGAAGUCUGCCAUUGGAGAAGGCAUGACACGAAAAGAUCACGGUGAUGUUUCUAACCAAUUGUAUGCCUGUUAUGCCAUCGGGAAAGAUGUCCAGGCCAUGAAAGCUGUGGUGGGUGAAGAAGCUCUGUCUUCAGAUGACCUCUUGUAUCUGGAGUUCUUGCAGAAGUUUGAGAGACAGUUCAUUGCUCAAGGAGCGUAUGAGAAUCGGACCAUCUUUGAGUCUCUGGACAUUGGGUGGCAGCUGCUACGAAUCUUCCCCAAGGAGCUUCUCAAGCGUAUUCCAGAGGCCAUGGUGGCUGAAUUCUAUCCGAGAGAAUCACGAGCGCUGGCAGGGAUGUCCAAACGCUAAAUG